UUAUUGAAUGCUGGAAUCAUCAACAAGCAUCGAGAUUUUGCGCCUUCGUGACGCGCGGCGAAUAUCUCGGUGUUUCAACGUGAAGGUUUUUUUCGUUUUUUUUUUCUAUUUAGUGCGGUUGUCGUUCUUGGCCUGGGGGUGUGUCUAAAAAAAUUCGAUUUGUUUGCAAUCAAGUGGCCUGCACAGGCUAACGAUGUCUGGCUACCGGAGAAAGCACACUCGACCUUCAUCCGGGUUGGAGGUGCGUGAUGUUAGCAGUGGUGACGACAGUGUACGUGAGCGGGGAGAGCGGGGCAGUGAUUGGUCGGCAAAGCGAAAAACUCACAAAAAACACAAGAAGGGGAAGAAGGAGAGAAAAGAUAGACACACCCGGCGGUCUGAGGAGAACGCGAGUGACGAGAACCAGCGAAGGACAGCUGGCCGUUUGGAUGAGGACACAAAUCACUGGAAAUCGCGAUUGCCACCUGGCAAUGGUGAGGGCUACCAUCGAAGGGGAAGGAGCUCUCCGGUCCACCGGGAUCGCGAUGAGUCCAGCCGCAAUCGGUCCCCUAGUCGUACGAGUAGGCGCUCGAGCGACGGCCACAGCAGUACUAGGCAUCAUCAGCAACAACGCUACCAUCAGCAACUGGACAGUACUACCGGAACGUCACGGCAUAGUAGUGACGACAGGAAAGGAAGACACACCCGAAGGUACGAUGAAAUCGGAACAGACAAGGCUUCUCGCUCGACCCGUGACACGGAUCUAAACGGAUCACUAAACAAUCAACGCAUGCAUAAUCAACAGAAAUCGCGGUUGGCAGCUGACAGCGGAGAGGACUUCUAUCGAAGGGGCUCACCCACGCACCGGACCCGCGAUAGAUCCCGUAGUGUUACGAGAUGGCAGCGAUCGAAGGAGGGCAGUGGCAGCGAAGCCGACCAGCACUGUUCAAAAGCGAUCAAAGUGGAACGACAAUCUUCGAGCCCACGCACCAUCAACCAUCAACCUUCAACAAGUAGGGAGCCUACCGGCGACUAUAAGAAGCAAGCACCUCGUGGGACUGUUCUGAAGAAGGAAGACGAUGGCAGUACCCAGUACGAGUGGGGUGCGAAACGUACAAUUAAACCGGAGGUAACCAGUGGUGGGUCAGACGAGCAAAAAGCAUCAAAGGACGAACCGCCGAACGCAGACGAUGAGCCGGUCCUGGUGGAGAAACAGAAGCCAAACUUUGCGCUGUCCGGUAAGCUGACGGAGGAGGCCAACAAGGUGAACGGGGUUGUGAUCAACUAUGCUGAACCGCCCGGUGCCUGCAAGCCGAAGCGCCGAUGGCGGCUGUACCCGAUGAAGGGCGAUCAGAUAAUGCCAACGCUUUACAUACACCGGCAGAGCUGCUACCUCAUUGGCCGCGAUCGGAAGGUUUGCGAUCUGCCGAUCGAUCAUCCGUCCUGCUCGAAGCAGCACGCGGUCCUUCAGUAUCGGUUGGUGCCGCACGAGCGUCCGGACGGUACGACCAGCCGCACCGUCCGCCCCUACAUCAUCGAUUUGGACUCCUCGAACGGGACGUUUGUUAACUACAAGAAGAUCGAACCGAAGCGCUACCUAGAGUUGUUCGAAAAGGACGUACUUAUGUUCGGCUUCAGCUCUCGCGAGUAUGUGCUCCUGGAGGAAAACAGCAAGGAUGACAAGCAGGUUGACGUGUGACGUGUGCUAUGUUUGGUGGGUGUCAGUGUGUAAAAAAAUCGCUGAAAAAGAGGAAGACUUCUGAUUCUGGGUGAGUGAGGAUUAUGCUGCUUAAUCAUGAGCCCUCUCUCUUUUUCACUGUACGUAAAUCCAGGAAUGCGGGAAAAUGCCCGUCUUUUCUCCGGAAACUUCAAACGAUGUGUGUACCCCAAACGGGGAAUGCAUAUAUUUCUUGUGCGGAAAUUUAGGUCGAUUAAGUGAAUAAAGUCUAUCAUAUUUAGAUAUCUAGGAUCUGUAGCGAUUGUGGUGUUAGGUUGAUUGAUUGGUUAGUAGCCUUCGCUAGUCCUCAUGAUACAUGGGCAUGGCUAGGAAGCGACGAAUGAGCCAACUCCGCACGAAGUACGGCGUCCAGGCGAACGCGGUAUAGUACAGCCAGUAACGCCACGGUUCAGAUUUGUACAUCCGCUUGGGCUCAGGGUCGAAUAGUGCACCUUUGAUCACGCCGUUGAGAGGAGCAUCCGUUGGAAAUCGCUGUGCCGGGCGUGACUGGCAGAUGGGCUCGAGGUAGUUGCGAUAACGUUGAAAGUAGCGCCCGUACCGGCUACGUUGCUCCUCACCCAUACCGGCCCACAUAGCAUCGAAA